AUGAAUGAUUUGAAUCAUUUGAAAAAUGGCAGUUUGUUUCUGUUUUAUUUUUCUACAAAAAUUAUUAUAAAAAUGGAUAGCGACUUAGAGUUUGUUAAUGUUUCAAUCAGGAUCAAACCUGUAUUGUAUAAAGAUGACAUAACUUCAUGUUUGAAGAUUAUCAGCAAACAACCACCAGUACUGUUUAUGAUAGAUCGAUCGCAAACAUACAAUUUUGACAAUAUAUUUACUGAAGAAGUCAGUCAAGAAAUUGUUUAUAAUGAAACUGUUAAACCACUGGUGGAUUACGUUAAACAAGGUUACAACUGUACAGUAUUUGCUUAUGGUCAGACUGGAACGGGCAAAACUUACACUAUUGGUACAAACUCUAAUGUGCUGAAUGAAACUGAUUUUGGGUUAAUUCCCAGAACUCUGAAUCAGUUUUUUGAAUAUAACAAUGAUAUUGACUCCGAAGUUGAAAUAUCACUCUCCUUCAUUGAAAUAUAUAAUGAAAAAGUAUUUGACCUAUUACAGAAUGAUAAUAAGCCCCCUUUGCAGGUUAAAGGUCUAAAAGCCCAAGGAUUCUGUCAAGAAAAAGUUUUUAAUUUGUUUGAAGCCAGACAUUUUUUGAAAAUAGGAAAUAAAAAUCGACACACUGCUGGAACCAAACAAAAUGCUCAGAGUUCGAGAUCUCAUGCAAUUUUUACCAUUUAUUGCAAAGUCCGUCACAAGGAUAGUGAAACGCUUGCCAAACUGAAUCUGGUGGAUUUGGCUGGUUGUGAGAAUGUUAGGAAAACAGGUACAGAAGGAGAUGCAUUUCAUGAAGGCGUGAAUAUAAACAAAGGUCUCCUCUCAAUUGGACAAGUUAUGACCGCCCUGUCGAUGAACUCCAGUUUCAUUCCUUACAGGCAGUCUAUUAUAACUUCUAUAUUGCAAGAUUCAUUAAACCGACAAAACUUUAUAUCUUUAAUAGCCUGCAUCAGCCCCUUAACUGAAGACUCAACAGAAACUUUACAGACAUUAGAUUUCGCUCAGAGAGUCAAAAAAAUGAAAAACAAACCUGAAGUGAAUGAAAUUGUAACUCGUUACAAAAAAGAAAAUCCAACUUUAUUUGUAACAUCCAGAACAAGCAGUACUCCUUUCAAAAGACCAGCUUUACCAAAUCAGACCCCAAGACCAACGAAAAAAUUGAAACGCCAGCCCUUGAAUGUGAUUGAUGAACCCGACCAUAGCCCAAGUUUGAAGUCGUUUUGUUCAAAUAAUUCAAAUAGCGUCUCUUCAAUAUCAAGUACUGCUUCGGCUCUUUCUAAUUUAGAUCCAGCACAAUCAAAUUUGAGCCCCGUUAUUAAGAAGUAUAUGACUGCCAUGGAAUCGUCGCUCAUGGGAAAACUAGAAUUAGUAAUAAAGAGCACUUUGAAAAGACCUAGCAGAGAAUCAUAUUUGACAGAAGAAGCGUCGAAACAGGAUAUGAAAGAAAAUAUAAAUUGUACACCAAUGAUGCCUUGGAAUGAAAUACAAAGCGAAGUUUCAAAAAUUGUACGAUCAGAGAUAGCACAGUUGACUUCAAGAAGCACCAGGGCUGCGAGUAGUCCUAUAGACGUGAAAGAAAACCUUGAUAAUAUCAAAAAAGUAUUGAAUUAUGGAAGUCCUUUGGAAGACAGCAUUGGAACUAAUUAUAAGUCGAAUACAGAGGAAAACGUUCAAUUCAAAAUUCCUGAACGGCCUGUUGAAAAAAGAACAAAAGUGAAGCCUCAACGUACCCCAUCCAUUUCUCCUAUAGAAACUGUAAAAAUCAGACGCAGUAUUAGAUUGUCUAUGAAGAAAUGCAAUAAUAACAAUUCUCAACAGUUUAACCUCUCGGAUGUAAACUAUUGCCUGGAAGGCUUCGAAAACCUGGAAAUGUCAAUGAAAAGCAAUUUUAAAGACGAUUCUUUAGACGACUUUUAUCAUGGAAAAAGAAGAAGCAUUCGGGUAAAAGAUCAAAGUAAAUUGAAGGAAUNGACAACAUAUACGCGGCUUCUUUGA